CCCAUAAAUGCAGUCCUGGACCUUUGGAAGGCAACAAUCCCGUAUUAAGGAGGGCAGGGCACGCCAAAGACUGCGGGCAGUGCGGAAGAUCGUCGUCGCACUAAGAUUUGAAGCCCGGUGAUUUCUCCCAAUCACCGCCCAUCUCCCAGUUUUGGGCCCGUCAGGCCCCCAAAAAAGCAGCUCUAUUUCUGGCCGAAGAAGUGGUUCAAACACAAGCACGGCCCAAUCAUGCGCCAUGCUGCUUGUUCAUCAACCAGGACACAUGUUGGUGGGCUGUAUUUGUGCCCGGGACAAAGAACCGUCCGUCCGGGCCACAACAAUGCUAAAUACCCUGCGCAUCCCUGCCGCUUCUCAACGUACUCACUAUCACAACUCAUCUGACCGUUGAGCAUUGAAUCAACCACUACAAUGAUCAUCAAAACCUCGAUAACCUCCCUGCUCUGCCUCCAGGGCGCCGUCGCGGCCACCGACUACCUAACCAACGCCAAAGCGGCGGUGACGACCCUGCAGAAAUGGUACAACCCAAGCACGGGGCUGUGGGACACGACGGGCUGGUGGAACAGCGCCAACUGCCUGACGGUGCUGGCGGACCUGACCGCGCUGGACGCGAGCCAGCUGAGCCAGAACGCCGCCGUCUUCGCCAACACCCUCACGCGCGCCCAGGGGUCGACCGCCGCGCGCGCCGUGAAGCGAGACGCCUACGCCCGCGCCCGCCGCCUCACCCGCCGCUCCUACCCCGGCUUCAUCAACGACUACUACGACGACGAAGCCUGGUGGGCGCUCGCCUGGAUCCAGGUGUACGACCUCACCCAGGACACGCGCUACCUGACCACGGCCGCGAGCAUCUUCUCCGACAUGACCACGGGCUGGAACGCGACCUGCGGCGGCCUGUGGUGGGACAAGUCGCACACGCAGAACGGGGCCAUCGAGAACGAGCUGUUCCUCAGCGUCGCGGCGCACCUGGGCCGGCGGAUCCCCGCGCAGGCGGGAUACUACAAGGACUGGGCGGCGCAGAGCUGGAGCUGGUUCGCGCGCAGCGGGCUGAUCAACGAGCAGCACACGAUCAACAACGGGCUGGAUCUGGGGAGCUGCCGCAACGACGGUGGCACGGUGUGGUCCUACAACCAGGGCGUGAUCCUGGGGGCUCUGGUUGAGAUGGCCCAGCUGUUCGGGGACGGCUCGUACGUGUCGACGGCGCAGCAGAUCGCGGGCGCGGCGAUGAGUGCGCUGAGCAAUGCGGACGGCGUGCUGACCGAACCGUGCGAACCGAAUUGCACGGGCGACGCGCCGCAGUUCAAGGGGGUAUUCAUGCGCAAUCUGGCGGUGCUCUACAAGGCGGCGCCCAGUGAGCAGAUCCGGAGUUUCUUGCUGAAGAAUGCGGAUAGUAUCUGGGAGAAGGACCGGGGCGACGGCGAUGGGUUGGGGGGGACCUGGUCGGGCCCGUUUGCGAGCGCGGAUGCCUCGACGCAGAGCUCGGCCUGCGAUGCGCUGGUCGCGGCCGCUGCUGUCAGUCAAUGAUGGGUUAUGGUUUUUAUCUGUCAAAUUUGAGUUGUUGUGUACAUUGACGCAUUCUAUUUCCUGCUGU